CUUCUAAUAACAAUGCUCCUAAUAACAACUCUCCCAAUGACAACUCUCCUGUUCAAAAUAAUGACUCUCCUGCUUCCAAUAACAACUUUCUCAACUCCUCUAACAACAACUCUUCCAACAACAACUCUCUUAACAACAAUUCUCCUAACAACGACUUUUCUAACAACUCUCUUAACAACGACUCUCUCAACAACAACUCUCCCAACAACGACUCUCCUAACAACAACUCUCCUAACAACAACUCUUCUAAUAACAAUGCUCCUAAAAACAACACCAACACUGCUUCAAACGUCAACUUAAUUUCGAACAACAACUUACCUUCUCUAUAUCCAGCUGUUCCCAUCAAUUCAAAUCGAUCCUGUUCGAUUACUCCAUGUCAUUCAUCUCAUAAUAUCGUUGGAUCUCAUAAACCAAUUCACAAUACUUAUAAUACUUGUGAUGAUGGUGAUUCUUCUGACUCUUCUAAUAAAAGUAUUGCAA